GCAACCCCAAAGCGGAAGGCGGCCUUGAGUAAGAGAGAGAAUGACGGUGUGGGGCCGGGAGGUGCGCAGCAGCAAUGCAGUCUGAGUGGGGCUGAUGUCCCCCCAGCCCUCGGGAGCCCCACGGCGCAGCCAGGCAGCAGCAUCCCGAAACUGAGGGCACGUGGAGAAGGACCCCACUGUGAGCCAUGGCUGAGCAGCGCGUGGGCUCCAAGGGUCGGCGCAUGGGAUCCAGCCGGCGGCGGCAGCUCCGCAGGGAUGCGGCCGAAGAGCCACCGUGGGCAGCAGCUGUGAUGCAGAGAGUCCAGGAUGUCAUCCAGGAGCAGCGUGGGGACACGGAGGGAUUCAUCACUCGUGCAGAUAUGCAGAAACUGCAGGAGGAGGUUAUCCCGUGCAGCACAGAGGAGCUGGAGCUGCUCUUUGAUGGGAUGGAUGCUGCUGGCACCGGGCAGCUGAGCGUUGAGGAGUUCACUGCUGGGCUCCGGCAGUUCCUGAGUUCCCAAAAAGUCAGCAGGGAGCAUCGGCGGCGGAAAGCAGCAUCGCGGAGGAGCUGCCUGGUCCUCGCCAGCCCCACAUGGGAAGAGACGGACAGCGAGGAAAAGAAACACUUUGCAGCCUUCAUGGAGCAACUGGGAGUGGAUGACAGAUGGGAAGACAGGCAGGAGAUCUGGCAGCUCUGGGCCAAGCUGAGGGAAGAUGAGCCCCAACUCCUGGGCAACUUGGAGGAUUUCCUGGCCAAGAUGAGGCACCACAUCCAAGAAGCCCGGAGCAAGAAGGAGGCCUUGGAGGAGGCCCUCAACAAACGCGUGGCUGAGCACAAACAGGAGGUGCAGCAGCUCUGCGAAGCCCUGGAGCUGCAGAUCCAAGAGGAGCGGCAGCGAAUGGAACAGGAGAGCACAGCCCGGAGCCGCCUGCACUGCGCGGUGCUGCAGCGAGCGCUGGAUGCCAGAGGCAGGGAGGUGCAGCGCUUGCUUGCAGCACAGGAGGAGCUGGAAGCACAGUGCCGCAGUCUCAGCAGCACACAGCGAGCUGCCAGCGCUGAGAACCGACAGCUGGAGGAGAACAACCGGGCGCUGGAGGAGCAGCUGCAGCUCAUCCAUGCACAGCUGCAGCAGACCCACGAGUGCCUGAGGGCUGCCAUGGCUCAGCAGCGGGCAGAGAAACCGCGGGAUGAAGAGGAGGCAGAGCUGCCCAGUGAGACACUGCCAUCCCUGCAGGUACAGCAGAUGAGCCCAGAGCAGCAGUUGGCAGAGAUGCACGUCAGGUUGAACUCCCAGGGCAGCGAGCCCAAACACAGGAGCACCCACCAUGUGGUUUGGGAAAAGCCACCAGCAGACACAAACACGUCACGACUGCUUUCUGUAGAAGAAGAUCCCUUCCCCGAAUUUCUGAAAGAGGAACGGUUUUCUGGCCAAGGCUCUUUGCUAAGAGAGAUGAAUGAUGCAAUAGCAGCUCUGAGCAGGCAACCACUGGGAGAUGCUGCUCACUGCCCACACGAUGAUGCUGAGCAUCACAAGGUGUUGGAAGAAGACCUGAAAGAGGGACGAGCUGCAGCUGAGCUUCGUGCUGGGGACAGGACACAGGCUGGUGCGUCUGCAGGAGCCCAGGAGGAGGGGGCAGCUCAGGGAAACAGUGUGGAGAGAGCAGGGCAGAGCCUGGAGCAGAUGGAAAUGGUGUUGUCUGUCCAGGGAAGGGAUGCUGGUGGGGAGCAGCAGAUGCUAAAAGAGGUUGAGAGGCCACAAGAGGCACUGGGAGAGAGCACAGAGAUAGGCGAGCAGGCACGGGUGGGGUUGGAGGGAGAAGGAUGGGUGCAGGGAAAGAUGAAGUGGGAAAAGGUGCAGCUCCCAGGAGAAGGAGAAAAUCUGGAGGCAGUCCUCAAAGCUCGGGAGGUGGAGCUCCCAGUGGGCAGCUUUGCCACCGAUGUGCUUCAGGUGCCGGGAGAGCAGCUGGAGCCACAGCUGCCAGGAUGGGUUGAGGUGCAAAUGGCAGCAGUGCAGGGGGUGAGAGAAGAUCCCAACCCUGAAAAAGUGGACGGAGAGGAUAGUGGUGCAGCGGGGCACUGCUGGGGAGAGAUGGAAAGGACUGAGCUGCAGCCCCUGAAUGUGGCUGAUGACCUGGGUACAGAACAGGCAGAGAACAUAGGGCCAGAAGUGCAACUGCUGGAGGAGGCUGAUAGAGCAGAGCCAGGGCUGGAGGGGGGAGCUGGGGCUGCUGCAGAGCUUGGUGAGGGGCUUUCCCCAGCAGAAAUCCCUGCUGGGAGUCCAGCUCCAGGAAGGAGGGUACUGGAUUUAAUUGCUCAGGCACUGGAAAUGGAAGAGGCAGAGGACUCUCCAGCAAGGACUCUGCUGCAUGGGAUGCCCAGCCCAGAAGCCCUGAGGGAUGGAUUGGAUGACACAGCCAUGCCUCUCAGGGAGGAUGCUGAGGAUGGAGGACAAGAACUGACCGAGCCUGGGCUGCCCAUUCAGCCUGUGUGUGAACUGCAGGGAGCAGGAGCCAGGCAGGCAGAGGGGGCUGCUGUAGAGCUGUCACCCCAGGAGGAGUCUGGAAGCCUGGAGAGUCUGAGUGGUGAUACCCGUAUGCAGCUGCUUGCAGAGCUGAGGGAGAUCAAAGGGAGCCUGGAGGCAGAGCUGCAACCUCUGUACCCAGGUCUCCAGCCACACUCAGAGCAGGCAGAGAGCAUGGGGCCAGAGGUGCAACUGGUGGGUGAGGUCAGUAAACCAGAGUUAGUAGAAAUGGAGGGGGAAGAGGACUCCCAGGGGAACACGCAGCUGCAGUGGGGUCCCAGUCAAGAAGACCCAUUGGGAGGGGGGGGGCAUACAGCUGUGCAGCUCACACAGGAGCUUGAGCAUGAGGGACAAGAUGUACAGCACUUGAAAGAAGAGAGGGAGAUGGAAGUGGUGCAGGAAGAGGACACUGAUAAGGAUGAGCUGGUCCUGGUCAGUGCUCAGGGACUGGAACUAGAGGAGGCAGAGAGCUCUCCAGCAAGGACUCUGCUGCAUGGGAUUCCCAGUCCAGAAGCCCUGAGGGAUGGGGGGGACCACACAGCCAUACAUCUCAGGGAGGAUGCUGAGGAUGGAGGACAAGAACCAGCUGAGCCUGGGCUGCCCAUUCAGCCUGUGUGUGAACUGCAGGGAGCAGGAGCCAGGCAGGCAGAGGGGGCUGCUGUAGAGCUGUCACCCCAGGAAAAGGCUGGAAGCCUGGAGCUGCUGGAGGCCCCGAGCAGUGAUACCCAUGUGCAGCUAAUUGCAAAACUGGGGGAGGUUAAAGAGAGCCUGGAGGCAGAGCUGCAGGUCCUGAGUUUGGUUGAUGAUCUGGGUACAGAGCAGGCAGAGAACAUAGGACCAGAUGUGCAACUGCUGGAGGAGGCUGAUAGAGCAGAGCCAGGGCUGGAGGAGGGAGCUGGGGCUGCUGCAGUGCUUGGUGAGGGGCUUUCCCCAGCAGAAAUCCCUGCUGGGAGUCCAGCUCCAGGUAGGAGGGUACUGGACUUAAUUGCUCAGGCACUGGAAAUGGAAGAGGCAGAGGACUCUCCAGCAAGGACUCUGCUGCAUGGGAUGCCCAGCCCAGAAGCCCUGAGGGAUGGAUUGGAUGACACAGCCAUGCCUCUCAGGGAGGAUGCUGAGGAUGGAGGACAAGAACUGACCGAGCCUGGGCUGCCCAUUCAGCCUGUGUGUGAACUGCAGGGAGCAGGAGCCAGGCAGGCAGAGGGGGCUGCUGUAGAGCUGUUACCCCAGGAGGAGUCUGGAAGCCUGGAGCUGGUGGAAGCCCCAAGUGGUGAUACCCAUGUGCAGCUAAUUGCAAAACUGGGGGAGGUUAAUGAGAGCCUGGAGGCAGAGCUGCAGCCCCUAAGUGUGGCUGAUGACCUGGGUACAGAGCAGGCAAAGAACAUAGGGCCAGAUGUACAAUUGGUGGAGGAGGCUGAUAGAGCAGAGCCGGGGCUGGAGGAGGGAGCUGGGGCUGCUGCAGAGCUUGGUGAGGGACUUUCCCCAGCAGAAAUCCCUGCUGGGAGUCCAGCUCCAGGUGGGAGGGUACUGGUUAGUGCACAGGAGCUGGAAGGGAAGGAGGCAGAGUACCUCGUGCAGCUGGAGGAGCUCAUGUUAUCCCAUGGAGAGAGCACUGGGGCUAAUGGGAAACCCUUCUGUGCAUCGGGGCUGUGGGAAGGAGCAGAGAGCCCAGCUGUGGCUCUAGGAGGAGCUCUGUGCGUGGCUGACAACACAGACGUUUGGGAUAGGAAUGUUGAGCCUGCCCUGCAUCCUGAGUAUACUGCUGCUGCUGAGCCUGCUCAUCCAGAUGCAGGGCUGGUAGCAGUCAGUGGUCCAGAUGAGCAGAUCCUGGAAGAAACCCAGAGAGAGAGUGCUGAUGCAGAGGGGAGGCCUCUGGAUGGAGCUCGAGGCCUGGAAGUGGUGCAGGGAGCGAGGCUAGAGGCAGAGGCAAGGAUUUUAGUUGAAGCUCAGCAUUUGGAACUAAAGCAGGGCCAUGAUGCCAAUGCAGCCACACUUGCUUCUCCUGUCUCCGAGGUACCGUUACAAAUCAGUGCGCUAAAUCUGGAUGCGAUGAUGCAGGAGGAUGUUCUCAUUCCAGAUAUGCAACGGCUAGGUGGUUCGGGACAGGCAGCCCAGAGGCAGCUCCAGGAGCAGGUCUCAGCACAGGCAGAUAAGGGGAGGCUUCACACUGCUCCCCGGCAGCCACAGAAGCCACCAGGCGUGACGGAAGCAGAACUAGCAGCUGCUGGACCUGCUGAGACUCCAAAACAAGAAGUGCCAUCAGCAUCAGCCCUUCACUCAGGGAUCCUGCAAGGGGAAGAUGCUGUGAAGGAUCUCUCAGGGAUGGCCCUUGGGGGCAGCCCACUGGUGGAGGCGGUCAGCAGCGGGGCACAGCUCUCAGGAGAGCAGAGAGAAGAGCUCAACGUGGAGAAGAAAGAAGAGAUGGAGAAGAAAAUGAGCCCAGGAGGUGAGCCCAGCCCUGGAGAGCCAGAAGCUGUGACUGUGAAUGGAGCAGGAGCUGCCCCAAAGGGCUCUCUGGAGCCAGACCACCUCUACAACGUGCUGUUUGUUGGGGACUCCCAUGUGGGCAAAACAUCCUUUCUGUACCGACUGCAUGCUGACACCUUCAACCCGUACCUCGCUGCCACAGUAGGGCUGGAUUAUCAGGUCAAAAACCUCGUGGUGGACAACAAGCGCUUCGCUCUCCGCCUUUGGGACUCAGCUGGGCAGGAAAGGUAUCACAGUGUCACCAAGCAGUUCUUCCGGAAGGCAGACGGGGUGGUGCUGAUGUACGACGUCACAUCGCAGUACUCCUUCGCCGAUGUGCACUACUGGCUCAACUGCAUCCAGGAGGGAGCAGAAGAUGGAGCCACGGUUCUGCUUCUGGGGAACAAAACAGACUGUGCUGCAGAGAGGCAGGUCCCUACGCAGGAGGGGGAGCGCCUGGCUCAGGAGCAUCAGCUCUUGUUUUAUGAAUGCAGCGCUGCCUCCGGCCACAACGUCACUGAGUCCAUCGUCAGUCUGGUCAGGGCACUCAAAGUUUCUGAAGAUCAAUUGAGAAAUAGGGCAGAAGAGGUACCAAAGCUGCCUCAGAAGAAAAAAGGAUGCUGCUGGUGAUGGAGAGACUCCUUGCUGUGGUCUGAAACUGCAAUGGCAGCCAGAAAAGCAACUGGAGAUGAGCAGAGACCACAGGAUGACUGCUCAGAGAAAUCAGGGUUAUGAACUCCACCAGGAAGGGUGUGAUAUUGCAGUGACGGCAGCUGAAGAAGCAACAUUAGCUCCAGCAGCUCUCUUAGACGCGUGCAUCUCCUUUGCAACUCAGUGUCUCAGCACUUCUGUAUCACCAGAGCCUCCACUCCCUACCUGGCUGCUCCCACCCCAUCCCUCUGCCACCGCCUGUCCUCCCUUGGCCCUAAUCCUAGAAGGACCUUUUUUGCUUGAUGCAAUAUACGCUCCCAUGCACUCCAUGGCAAUCCCCUUCUGCCGCAUUUUGUUAUAAAAUGAUUUUAUUACUGGGUGUGUUAUGGGGUUGGCUUGAAGAAUGGAACAACUCUGGAAGAACUUUCAGGGCUCAGCUCGGGGCUGAGGCUGGACUCGGUCUUCAGGUUACCCACAACAGGGUUUUUUUGUGCCCAUCUUCACUAUUUCUGCUUUGUUGUCUUAUCUCAAAGCAAUAUAAUCCCAAGAACCCUUUGCAAGUCUGGUCGAUGAUGAAAGGAGCACCAUUCCAGCCUGACCAGCACAAAUGUGCACCUCUCACUGGCUCUGUAUGACCCCCCUGCAGGGCUGCCCAUGCACCGAAGCCCUUCAGCAGAUCUGCUUUUCCCCUUCCCUAAAUUUGUUGGGAUUUUGUGCAGCAGAUGCUGCCUGUCCUGUGCAAUCCCACUGCUGCUCCACAAGCAAUUUUAUUUGCUCGCAAAAGUGUAAGGAGCUGAGCCUGAAUUCCCCCGUUAGAUGGCAGCAAAUGCAGCUACACCUUCAUUGCUGUUCCAAGCAAAGAACAGCAGGGCCUGAAACUGAUCUGCAAAAGAAAAAGCUUCGCAGAGCAGCAGACAGAAAGAAACGUCUGGUCUCUUGGAAAUCAUGUCUAUAGAGGAGGAUUGAAUCUGUGCCCGGACGUGUUGCAAGGCAGUAAAGCAGGUUGGAAAAUA